UGUCUGCUAAAAAAGAAUCCAAAAGCCGGCCACCCGAAUGGCUCUCUCAGCAAACUUCUAAGACUUUUCUCCCUCACCACACCUUCACUCAAAUCUCAUAGGUAAUGCCUAUGUCCUUUAUUUGUCUCUUGUCUCACACCUUUCACUCCCCUUCUUCUCUAUAAGACUCCAUCUUCUUCAGUCCUUCUUUCCCAUAUUCUCAAGCCAAAAAAAAAAAAGAAGAAAAAUCUCAGAAUAUUUGAAAGGUUUUACCAUGGACUCAAAGAGCUCCAGUGAAGAAGAAAGCGAUCGAUCAGAGCAACAUGAUGACACAGGCACAGGCAGAUCCUACGAGUGUGUGUUUUGCAAGAGAGGAUUCACUACAGCACAAGCCUUGGGAGGGCACAUGAAUAUCCAUAGGAAGGAUAGAGGCAAGCCAAGGCCUAGUACUUCAGGUAUUCCUUCUGCUGUCUCAAGCAGAUCAGUCAAUGAAAACUAUGGCAGUCUUAAACCAUAUCUACCAAUUCAAAGCUACCCACCAACACAUUAUUCCACAGCUUCUCAUGAGGUAAAUGUAAAUUAUCAAAUAUCUUUUCCUUCAUCACAGGCAUGGAAUCUUCAGAGACCCCCACGCACACAACAUAGCGAUCAUGAGUUGUCUGUACAAAACCCACUGCGUAUGAAUCUGUUUGAAGAGGAUUGGCAAAGAAGUGUAAGCAUGCAAAUCAAUCCAAGGCAUGUAGAUGAUGAUAGAGAAAAGACAGAAGAUGGAAGUGAAGAAGAUGAAUUGGACUUGGAGCUUCGACUUGGUCAUUAUCCAUAGUUUAUGCAUGAGAUAUAUAUAUAUAUAUAUAUAUAAAGGGCGUUUAUGGAGUAAUAAAUGUUGUGUACUUGUACAUAUUUGAUCAGUAUUUCCUUCUUGUCAAUCUAUUGGGAAGAAGGCAUGCGAGGAGUAGCAAAACAAUAUUGUUUCCAAUUGGGUUUUCAAGAAAAUGAUAUAUACAAGUAAUUCUAGUCGAAGAUUUCCAAGGAAGGUAAUAUUUUUCCUCCCUGUAAUGUCAAGCCCAAAAUUAGUUUAGGGUUCUAUGAGAUGUUCUUGUUAUAAGUGUUCUCUACCUCCUUUUUUUCCCUUUUCCCCAUUACAUGUUUUUCUUAUGUCAAACUAAAUAAAACUGCUUGUCUAAAUAUA